AUGGACUGGGAAGUGCUUCCCUCUGCUGACACUGAAGAGAUGUCUGUGGAAACAGGCUUGCUAAAGAACACUAGUGGCCUUGUGGGGUUGGAGGUAUAUGAGAGUCUGCACAGGAAGCUAAGAAUAUUGUAUACAAAAAUUCUUGAUAUUCUUGAGCAAAACCCUAAAAAUGCAGCUUAUAGAAAGUACACAGAACAGAUUACAAAUGAGAAGCUGGAUAUGGUUAAAGCAAAACCAGAUGUUAAAAAAUUAGAAGACCAACUUCAGGGUGGUCAAAUAGAAGAGGUGAUUCUUCAGGCUGAAAAUGAACUAAGUCUGGUAAGAAAAGUAAUACAAUUGAAACCAUGGGAGCCUUCAGUGGAAGAGCCUCCUGUCAACGCAUGGAAAUGGCCAAUAUAA